AUGGAAAACGAGAACUUCAUAGAUAUCCUUAAAGAUGUUUGGAGUAGCAAUGUUCAGGGUUGUACAAUGUUUUCUGUUGUGCAGAAGCUCAAGAAGCUUAAGUCUAGGCGUAAAGAUCUGAACUUAUCCCACUAUUCAGAUAUCUCCUUUAAAGUCAAAAACCACAAGUCUCUGUUGGAUAGUAUUCAGAGUAGUCUUCAAAGCGAUCCUCUGAAUGAAAACCUUCUUCUGGAGGAAAAUGCUUAUGUCAUUCAUUAUAAGAAGUUGAUUAUGCUGGAGGAAAACAGUCUUAGACAAAAAUCCAGAAUUAACUGGAUUGAUUUGGGAGACGAUAAUAACAGAUUUUUUUGUAACUCUGUCAAGAUAAGAAGAUGCAGAAACAGAAUUACAAAGUUGUUUAAUGCAGAUGGCAGUGUGCUUGAUAGUCAGGAGGCAAUUAGUGAAUCAAUGGUUCAAUUCUAUAAGAAUCAGCUGGGUGAGAAAGCUGCCGAUACAACCUAUAUUGGUCCUAAUAUUGUGGAUUUUGGCCCUAAGGUUAAUGAAGACAACUCUAUUAUGCUUACUUCUGCAGUUUCCCCUGAUGAAGUUAAGGCUACUAUGUUCGCUAUUAAAAGAGGAAAAGCCCCUGGUCCUGAUGCUAUUAUUCCUAAGAAUGCAUCUCCUAAUAGUUUAAACGACUAUCGCCCCAUUCCUUGCUGUAAUGUGAUUUUGAAAUGUAUUACCAAAAUCAUUUCCUCUAGGUUAAGCACCUGUGUUGGUAGUAUUAUAAACCCUAGUCAAAUUUCUUUUAUUCAUGGUAGAAGAAUAAUUGAUAAUGUUCUUCUUGCUCAUGAGUUAGUUCAUGACUAUCAUUGCUUUAAGGGUAGGUCUAGUUGUGCUAUGAAAAUUGACCUAAGCAAGCUUAUGACUCUAUUGAGUGGGACUUUCUAG